GCCCUGACGACCGCGGGCGCUUCGGCCGCGCGGAGCCGCGAGUGCUGAGGGCCCGCGGGGCGGCAGCCGCCCGCCGAGAGCAUGAGGAGCCGGUGUCUGUGUCAGAUCUGCACCUGCGGGCGACAUCACUGUCCACGUGGAGCCUCAAGGAUUUAUGAAAAUUCUGGCAUAUCUUGCCCCACCACUGAAUAUUUGGAAAAAUACCCUACGUAUGGCAAUGUUCCUCCACCUCAGAGUCUUAAACCCAAGCAAGAAUUCCGAGCAGGCCGUGGUAAAAUGGAAGGAAUAACAACAUUUAAAUCGGAUUAUCGUCCUUAUGAGAUAGUCAAACAGCCUCGCCACGUGCCAGAAGAAUACAAACCGAAGCAGGGGGAGAUGGAUCUCGGCACUACCUACAAACAGGACUUUAAUUCUUACAAAGUGCAGCCUGUGGCCAUAGUCCGGCCUCUGGAAAGACAACGAGUUAAACAAGGAAAGGUGGACACUGUCCCAACCUAUAAAGAUGAUUAUAGAGCUUGGGACAUUCAGAAAAUUGACCUUUAUAAACCAGAACAAGCUUACCACCCCCCCACCAUGAAAUUUGGAAAUUCAACCACAUUUCAGGAUGACUAUGUUCCUCAGGAGAUAAAGCCCAGGCAAAGCUUUAAACCCAGUCCCGUGGUCAAACGUUCUACAGUCCCUUUUAAUGGUGAUACAAGUCAUCGCCUUGAUUACGUACCUUAUCAGCUAGAAUUCAAGUUUGCAAGGCCAAAAGAAGUGUACAAGCCAACCAGUCAACCCUUUGAGGAUCUCACAACUCACCGAUAUGACUUUCAGGGUCUUCCUGGAGAAACUGCAAAAAUCUGCCGACCUCCAUACACCAGAGUGACCCAAAAUGCUCAUUUUGAAGGAAGCACGGAAUUCCGCGAAAGCUUCCAACCAUGGGAAAUCCCACCACCCGAAGUCAAGAAACCACAGGAGUAUGUCCCGCCUGCAGGUACCAUGCAGCUAAACAGCACAAGCCAUCUGGACUAUGUUCCCUAUCAGACCAAACGUGUUAGUCCCAUCAGGCCAGUUUCUCAGAAAAAAUUUAACAAUGUCCCUUUUCAAGGAAAAAGCACCACAAAGGAAGAUUUUCCAGCCUGGGAAUGCUGUCGUCAAGGUCUUAUUAAGCAGCAGCAGCAGAUUUCCAACCCAUCUGGAAGAUUCGAUGGUUGGAGCACUUUCAGGUCUCACUAUGUGCCCCACGAGCUGAUUCGGACGGAGAGCUGCAAACCCGCGCAUGCUCUGUUUCAGAGUUCUGCUCCGUUCGACGACACCACCAUGUACUCUACAGAGUACACACAGAAGAAACAGGAAGUCUGCCCUGCUAGCUAUCCUUCUCCUCCAGGCUAUAUCUUUGAAAAUACAAAUUCUCAAGGUCAUAAAUUCUUCCGCAAGGUCACGCCCAUAGUGGAGGCCUACUAAUCAUCAAAUCAUGUUUAAAAGGAAGCUAACAGAUAUUAGUUUUCUAAGGGAAA